CAGUAAAAUCAAAUCGGGAGGGAGAAUUCUGGAAGGCUGACCGGACUCCGCAUCCCCACUCCGGCGCCACAUGCCUCCUCCCUCUCUCACCGCCGCCGCCACGAAGUCUGGACUCGCUUCCGCCCCAGCAUCCGGCGGCGCUGCCGCCCCUGGCACUAGACGCAACGGAGGCGCCCUCUGACCGCCGUUGGAGGGUGGGCGGGAGGGUCAGCGAUGCCGCCGGCCCGUAAGAAGCGCGGCGCGGCGGCGGCCGCCGCCGCCGCUGCAGCUGCCGCGGCGGCGCAGUGGAAGGUGGGCGACCUUGUGCUCGCUAAGAUGAAGGGCUUCCCGGCAUGGCCGGCCGUGGUGAGUUGCACUGGCCGCUUGUUCUCUCUGAUCCGGCACCCCUCGCACUAGUUUAGGCAUCACCAUGUAGUUUGGGGAUUCUAACUGUAGUUGGAGAGCUUGCCUAGGGUUCAUUGUUUGAUAGAAGUAAUUUUUUUACUGUACUACUUUUAUUCGUAUUAAAAGUUAAGGUUUCUAUGCGCUGCUCAUUGUGAUUUGGCAGCCUUUUAUUAAUCUGUGCUAGUUUUUGUCGUUUUGGUGGUGUGUUACUGUUAGUGAGGAUUGGCAUGUUUAGGGUUUUCUCGGCAUAUGAGAUUUGUGGUGAGUAACUCGCUAAUGAAUAGAACUUCUGAACAAUUAGUAAGUUUCUGCUACUUCCAUGCCCUGGCUAUGAUUUCUCUCUGCAAUGUGUUGGGCUAAUGAAUAUUGAUUGCAUUUCUGGCAAACGGGUCGUGGAAUUAAAUUGAGUGGUAUAUAUGAGCUUGUUUAACUUUGGUAUUAAUGAAGAUUUAGUAAACCAAUGAUGUUUGUUGGAGUAAAUGUUGGUUCCUCACGCAGGAUGCUCGCAACCUUAAGGAUUCUGUACUAUAUUUUAGGUAAUUCUUGGUCCUUUAGGUGAAUGCGGAGAUAUUAUUUUUGUGCUUAUUAGUACCAACAUAUGGGCUUCAAUGGUUUCUGGAUGAUUUAGGCUGCGUACUUUGGUGGAACAUGGUGAUUACCUGUUUGGUUCCAUUUACUAUGAUCUUUUUAGAAGACUCUUCUCACAUCGUAACCAUUACAGUUACAGCAGAUGGCAUAUAUGCAAUAAGCUUAUGCAGAUAUCUUGUUCAUAUGAAACUAUGAAGUUUCAAAUGGCUCUUCGAUAGUUGGCAUUCUUAUUUAUAAUGCUUGCAUCCGAUCUGUAUCUCUUGACAGUUUGGUCCUCUAACAAUUAUAUAUGUACUUGAACUGUGAAGAUUUGGAAGCAACCAUUGAUGUUUUCAUUUAUGGAACUGCCAUAGUUUUGAAGAUGAAUUUUCAUUGUGUCAAUCCUUAUACUCUCUCCGGUUGAAGAUGGGGGCAACCUUGCACUACUCUCACUUGAUUUGUUUGGACUACUCUCACUUGGUUUGGCCCCUUGGUAACUUUGGCUCAUUAAGGUUGGUGGGCACCAUGAAUUGGUUUGAUAAAAUUCUUAUUUGCUUUCUCAUGAUGGGGUUUAGAAAUUUGAUGAUAACUCCCCAGUGAAGUAACACAUGUAUGUUUCUUUGUUCAUUUGAUGUAGCAGUUCAUCAAAAUAUUUAGUCCAUGCCAACAUUUAUAGAUCUCAAGGCAUAGGUGUGGUAUAGGUGGUACUGUAAGGUCGUUUUCAGAGCUGGACAAGAUGAUAUAUAGUUAAUUUGCCAAUCGAUUAGUAUUCUGAACAUUAACAAGUGAGUUAGGAUAUAGUCUUGACUUAAUGCUGCUUCAUUUACCUUUAUUUUGGAGAUGAGUCCAUAUGUGAUGAGGAAAUAAGCCCCAUCAAUAAUGAAAUGAGACAUAGAUGAUAUAUCCCUCUAAUAUUAGACACAUCUGUCUAGAAUUUUAUGCAGAGUGUCCCCCAAUUAAAAUUGGGGCUUCUGUUAUGUAUAGGAAUUUCUCUAUAUAUUUUCUUUUGCCAAUAGCUUGCUUCUCAUUUUCCUGUAGUUACAUGUUCGUGGAUUUUCUAAUUUUUUCAUGCUUUCUAGGAUCUGGAUUUUUGAGGUGCCCAUAGUCAUAUAUAUUAAUUUUUUCUCUCAAAAACACAGGAGAGCUACCCGUCAUUUCAUGCAGUUAUAUAUAGUGAUUAAGUGUUUAUGUAGAAAGUAUAUCCUUCUCAACCAUCACUGACUUUGAUGUUAACCUAUAGUCCUAGAUUUGGCCAUGAGAUUUCAUGGGUCAUAAGUGAUACAGUUACUUCCCAUCAACUACAAUGUAUUUCUUUGCCUUUGCUCUCUAAAAAUUUCUUUUAACAAUGUCUCUAUUCUUCCAGAAGUUUAUUGGUGCUAUUUCAGCAAACCAUUUCUUUUCUUGUUUUUAUGGCGUGUUAAUGAGGCUAACUUCAUAAGUCCUUGCCGCUAAGUUGGGAUUUCCCAGGAAAAGCUUACUUUUAUAUUUUCCGCUUCUAUUUAUGCAUUCCUACCUUCCCCAGACCCCGCACAGUGCGGGAAGCCUACGGCACUGGAUAAGUGAACCACAGAAAUGGAACCUUCCUCCUCCUGCAUCCAAAAAGAGGUUGCUGGUCUACUUUUAUGGAACUAAACAAGUUGCCUUUUGUAACUAUACUGACCUUGAGGCACUCACUGAAGAGAAGAAAAAAUCUCUACUUGUUAAGCGACAUGGGAAAGGGGCAGAUUUUGUCCGAGCAGUUAAGGAAAUAGUUGAGAUUUAUGAUUCUUUAAAGAAAGAGACUAAUAAUGAAAAUAAUAAGAGUGUCUUGAUUGAAAAUAAUUUGAGGAUGGAUGUCGAAAGUCAUGUCAAUAACAGUAGCAGUUUGCAUACUGGAGGUCUUGAGGAUGGUUCUGAUCUGGCCAAUGACAACAAGAUGGAGGAUUGCCCCACCUCUUCCAUGGAUCACAACACUUCUCGAUCUAAUAUCAAUACAAUGGUGGUUGAGCACUGUGUUGUAAAUUCUGCACAUGUUGACCCUACUGAAAAGUCACCUCUCCUUCAUGAGAGUAGACAUUCUCCUUUGCAUGCCAGUUCAUGUUCAAAGAAGAGUGACGAAGAUCCACAGCAACAAGAUUCCUGCACAAAUGGUAAUUUUGCAUUAGCAUGGAGAUCAGGAAGUUCAUUAGGUGCUGAAUCAAUAACAAGUCAGGACUCUGAUGGCCCUAUGGAUGGUACCAAUCAGCUUUCUGUUGAUUUGAUUCCUGGUGACAAGCAGGAAGAUUCUGCUUGGCAUAAGAGCAUUGACGAUGACAAACCUAGCUUGGGUUCCCCUUCUGCUUGGCAUAAGAGCAUUGACGAUGACAAACCUAGCUUGGGUUCCCCUUCUGCGACAAAGGAAGCUGUCUUGUCACAUUCAAGUCAAGAAACCAGCAGUCAACUUGCACCCUCUGGUGCUAGUAAUGAUGAUAAACCGAGUACUGCAAAAGAUAAUGUACGAUGUACUUGUAGUAAUGAGGUAUCCCAAAAUGGAGUCAGGGACAAAGAAGACAAACUGAAUGGAAUGGUUGAUCUUCCCAUUAACACAACCCGAACUUUUAGAAGAAAAAGAAGGCCAAACACUAGUGUUAAUUAUCCUGUCAGUAGUGAGGUAUCAAAUAUGGACAGGGAAUUGCAGCCUAAGUCAAAAGGAGAUACUGUAUGUUCUCCAAAUUCAAGGAGCGAAAUUAUCAAAUCAGAUGGAGAUGAGCACUUACCGUUGGUCAAAAGGGCAAGAGUACGAAUGGAAAGACCUACACUGGAGGAUGCCACAGCGGAUGAACCUGACCACUCUUCUGACAAAACAGAGCCAGCUAAACAUGAAGAUCCAUGCUAUAAGCAUACAAUGUCUGCAAUAUCUGGAAAGGAUCAAUCAGCCGAUGACUUACCUCCUAGUGUAGAUGCGUCACCCAACAUAAACCUCUCUCUGCCAUCAGGAGAAGUUGUGAAUUCUUGUAAUAAUAAUAAUGAAUUCCAACCAAAGGUUUUUACAUUGGAUGUAGAAGCUGCUUUACCUCCAUCAAAACGCCUUCAUCGUGCCUUAGAAGCUAUGUCUGCUAAUACAUCUGAAACUUUUAGUAAUCUGCCUGAAGCUACAAAGUCAAAUGAAGUUAGUCUGAAAGGCUGCACUGCUUCAACAGAAAGGUCCCCUCUUAACAACUCUGCAGAUGCACUUGUUAAAAGUCCAAAAUCUGCAAUGGCUAAAAGCCCGAAGGUGUCUUUGAGUGCACAUUCUUCAGAUGCCCCAACUGGCCAAAAGCAUAUCACACAAGUUGUCAUGUUGAACAAGGAUGCCCUCUCUCCUGUUUCUUUGGAUUUGAGAAAUGAUGAUCUCAGUGACAAUAUACAAAAAGACAGAGUUUCUGAAGAAGCCUGCAUGGACAGUGAAAAUGCACCUAAUUUAGUUGUUCAUACUGGGAUUGAUAGCGAUAAGUGUGAAAAAACUCCACCCUGUUCCAUGAAAUUGGAAGAGCCAGGUGUUGUAUCUGAGUUUGAUCAACCACCUUCACACAAACUAAGUGGAAAUGAGCCUAGGGAAUCAGUUGAAGGCUCUAAAAAUGCUUUCAGCAUAACUAUCGAUGUAUCUGCUGAGCCAAUUAGCCAAGCAAAUGGUGUUGUCUCAUAUACUAAUGGCACUUGUGAUCCUGUGCUGCAUGAUGACACUGUUUUAGCUGAAUCAACAGUUAGUAUUUGUGACACAAGGGCCACUUGUUUGGUUUCUAAAGUUUCGUGUAUUCAUUCUGACACAAGCAACAGGACAGUUGAAGCGCAUAGUUCAUCAAUUGCACCAGGAGACCCUGACCAUGGAUUAAACCUAAAAGAUAAGAGCAUAUCUCCAGAUUCAAUGCCUACAAAAGAACUAGUUGCUGAUGGACAUGCCUGUGGAUUUUCUCAGUCAAAUUCAUUCACGCACAGUUCUCUAGAUUCAAAAUUUGUUUCUGAACCUUUGCUGAAUAUACCUUCACUGAAGGAAGGAUCAAGUGACCAGUGUUCACCUUCAAAUCAUACAAUAAGGUCUGCAUCAGAUAGGGUUCAUACUGAAGAAGAUAUUGGUAUGAUUCCUUUUGAUAAUCUUCAACCAAAGGGCUUGAACAAAUUAGCAGGUCAUCAUGAAGCCAAUUCAGCACGGAGGGCGUUUGAAGCUUUUGUUGGUACACUAACACGAACAAAGGAAAGUAUAUCUCGUGCAACACGUCUUGCGCUGGACUGUGCCAAGCAUGGCAUUGCUGGUGAGGUAAUGGAUAUCAUUAUUGAACACCUGGAAAAGGAAACUAAUUUAUAUAAAAGAGUCGAUUUGUUCUUCCUUGUCGAUUCAAUAAUCCGGUACUGUCGCAAUCAGAAAGGUGGACCUGGCGAUGCCUAUCCUUCUCUUAUCCAGGCAGUGUUACCACGAAUUAUAUAUGCUUCUGCACCACCUGGAAAUUCUGCUUGGGAGAAUCGAAGGCAAUGUCUUAAGGUUUUGAGGCUCUGGCUUGAGAGAAAAACCCUUUCAGAAUACAUCAUUCGCCACCAUAUUAAAGAGCUUGAAGCUCUUAAUGAGGCAUCAUUUGGAAGCUCUCACCGUCCUUCAGGUACAGAGAGAGCUCUGAAUGACCCUUUGCGGGAUAAUGAGGCAUUUCUUGUUGAUGAGUAUGGAAGCAAUGCUGGUUUUCAUCUUCAAAAUCUAAUUUGCACGAAACUACUUGAAGAUGAGGAUGGAAGGUCCUCUGAGGAGAGGAGCUUUGGUGGUCUUACUCCUGAACACGAAGUUACUGGUGCUAGUGAGCAAGAGGUGUGCCAUUUUCAUGUGACAAAGCAUCAACUCAUCUUGGAAGAAGUGGAUGGUGAACUUGAGAUGGAGGAUGCAGCCCCGUCAACUGGAGCUGAAGCCAGCUCCAGAUGCCAAGAAGGUCUAAAUAGUAACUCAAGCUGUACAAGAACUUCUCAACAGCUCAGUUCCAUUCCACCCCUACCUGAUGACAAAGCCCCAUCUCCUCCCCCAUUGCCAUCAUCACCGCCACCUCAACCGCGCCCACCCUGUCCUGUCUCUCAAGGUUCACAGGUGCAAGGAGCAUUGCUUGCGGCAGCUGAUUGUGUUGAGCAGCAGCAUCCAGGAGCCAACUAUAAUGUUGAAGGCCAACACCCUUAUUCUGUUGCAAACAGCCGAGGAAACAUGGAUGCAUGUGUAGCUUCUUCACAGCCUCCAGUACACUACAAUUCUGGAUAUGCAGGGCAUACUAAUCAGAUAUUUCAACCACCACAGCCUCCAGUACACUACAAUUCUGGAUAUGCAGGGCAUACUAAUCAGAUAUUUCAACCACCACCGCCACCGCCACUGCAACCGCCUCCGCCACCACAGCCUAUUGCAGCAUUCCAUCCUUCUGGACCCCAUGGCAGCUUAUGUGGGCCCUCAGUACCGCAUCAUGGAAAUAAUUAUCACCAACCCCCAUCAGCACCACUACCUAAUAGCGCAUACCAUCCACAAGGUUCGAAUCAGUUCUCAUAUCCACCUGAACCAGAACAGAGAACACAACCAUGGAAUUAUGGUCCUCCCUAUCCUGAGAGUUGUCAGUAUGGUGGACAUGACAGAGGACACCAUGGAUACAAUAGGGGACCUCAUUUUGAUGAUAGAGGGCAUCACUUUGAUGAUAGGGGUCAUCGCUUUGAUGGUGGAGGGCAUUACUUUGAUGAUGGGAUGCAUCGCUUCGAUGAUAGAUGGCACCACUUUCAUGAUAGGGGGCAAAUGCACCAUGAAGUUAUGGAUGGUGGAAGGUUUCCUCCAUUCUUUCCACCAGGUCCUCCAUUUCCAGAUCACUUUGAAGCGCCACCCAACCAAUUUCAUUGUGGACGACCACUGGAGCCUCCACAAGGUCCAUGUUCUGGGUGGUCUAUGCCUCAUAGGAGAUCCAAGUACCCUACCGAUUCCAGGCAGACAAUGGAGCCACAUGUUUCCAAUGGAGGUUGGAGGCGGCAUGGAAGGCACGAUCAUGAUAGAUAUAAUUGAUGACUGAAUGCCGACUCAACUCUGAUCAUAGCUGGCAGUGCUUGCUUGGUUAUCGAGGACGAGGAUGGGUAAUUUUUGACAAUAUUUAACGGCAUUCCCUUUCAUUGGCGAAUUGUGAAGCAUUCGUCGAUGCCUCCAUUCGCUGGUUUGUUUAACGUGAAAUAUCCUGAAAUAAGAAUGGGACCCACCCCCACUGUACAUAUGUAGUUGUAGCAGUGUUCAGCAAAUGCAGAAACGGAGCUAGGCCAAUCCUGUGAAGAGUGAAUCCAUAGAUUUUUUUUUGUUAGCCCAACACUUCAUCUUGUUGAAGUCUGUAUUUCGUUCAUGUAACCCUAUUUCUAUGCAGCUCUUUUCUAAGAUAACGUAGUGUGUAGUUUGACAGCAAAGCAUAGCCAAAAUUCAAAUGUUUUUGAACUUGUAGACUAUUGGGCAUCUUGUUUUGAUUCCACGCGUAUGGCUCAACACUCUUGUGCAGAAUGUUGCCCAGACGAUACACUCCCAAUCAUUUUGCUUGUCUUUGGGUUACUUGAGUCAUUUGAUUUGAAAGUAAGCAGCUGCCCAUGAGUGAUUGGGCUUUAAGUCGAAGGGAUCUUCCAUUCGAAUAUAAUGAUGAUUAUAUUUA